UCAAAAUAUAAGGCAAAACUAACCAUGUGUAUAGUCUCAUACUAAUAUAGCUGUAUUCAUGAUUUUACAUGUCCUAGAGUAAAAAGUGCUGAUCCCUAAAUGUAUCAACAUUUUUUUGUUGUGAGAGGUUCUUUGAAAUUAGGAAGGAUACUUCUGAUUGCUGAAAGAGGUGGGCUGCAAAGUUUGCCUAAGACUGGCCAUCCAUUGCAAAAUACAGAGUGGUACUUUAACUCCUUUGGAAUCUCUUCAUAACUGAAGAUGUUAAAUUUCACUGAUUCCUUAUCCUGGAUAUAUGCAGAACUUUAUGUACACUGGAUAUUGAUUAGAGGGUUUAUUUAAAAAAAAAAAAAAAGAAGGUCUUCAAGGCAGUGGUCUCGAACAAAUUGCAAUAGGAAAGAGAAACAAGUGGAAGUGAGUAGGGCAGAACAAGCUGCAAGGUGCUCUUAUAUGCUGUGCAUUGACACUUUUCCAGCUAUAGUCCUGUCAAGGGAUUGAGCUAUCUUCAUGUUGGAUUCGUGGUUUGUUUGUUUUUAAAAGCCACCUGCAUCUCUGUCUUUCUAAAAAGUGCCUCUAAUGUAAAGAAUUUAAGCUCCCUAUUGGGAAAUGCAACCACUUGCUCACAAUUGGGGAUACAGUGCAGCUCAUUGUGGCAGUGAGAGUAAAGUACUUGUAUGGUGAAUGCAUGGACUAGGGAGUUUUCUCCAUUCCCUUCCCCUCUGUGGUGGUGGUAGAAAGUAAGAACAGAGCCUGCUUUAAGGUGAAAGAAUGACCGUUCCACCCUGCUCAACAGCCAGGAAGCAAACCUCCCUAAAACACAAUCUUCCCAGCAAUGUGAGGCUGGUGGAGGGGGGAGCUUCUCUUCUCUGCCUCCCCACAUCAGUCAAUCAUAACUUAAACAGCUGGAGAGAUGGGGUGCUGCCUGUAAACCUGCUGUGUAAUCACAUCCAUUAACAUUGGCUUUGUCUUGUUGUGUUAGGAAACUCCUUAGCCCUGAGAUAGGUCAUGCUCCUUAUCCCUGCUCUGCAGUUGGAGCAUGGGUUGCCAUACGUGUGCUACCUUUAAUCUAGCUAGCACAUCUCUAAAAUGACAGUGAUGACAUGGCAGCAUGGGCAAUACAAGUAUGUAUCCAGGGCCCCAGGCAGACUUGUACAGCGUCAACUGAAACCUGUGGUGCUGUGACUUCACUGCUAUUCUCAGCACUACUAGCUAAAUUAAAGCUAGUGUGGAUAUGUCAACCCAUGCGGCAGUUGCACCUCCAGUUGCAAUGUAGACUUCCUCAGUGUCAUUCCAUUGGCUGCAGUGCACCCCGGAAGAAUUUAGUUUAGUGAGUUUCUUGACUUAACUCUAGGAUAAUUGAAUAUAUAAAGAAAUAGUAAAUCAUUACCAUAGCUCUGUAUGGAUGUCUCAUACAAAUAUAUUAAUCAUCGAAUCCUUUCAGAUCAGUAACAUUUAGUGAAAUACACUUCCAACUUCUCUGAAAUGUUCUCAUUUCAGAGCAUGAUUGUGGAGUUGCCUUAAAGUACAUUUAACAUUUCUUUUAGCAGUGGGUCACCCACAGUGGUAUAGAAAUGAAAUCUUCUUGUGGUGGUUCUGUAAAACUCAAAUAUUUAUACUGAAUGUCUUGCUUUUGGGGACAGUUCUUGGUUUUUAUCAGGGUUUUUCAAAACUUGGAGUCAGUCAACCAUUUUUCAACAGUCUCUUUGGAAGCUGUUUAUUUUUUAUUUUUGUUUAUUUUUGUUUCAAGAGUCCAAGUUCCCAAGCAACCAGGACCUGCAAACAGCUAUCUUUAGUUGUAUUUAUGCUUCUUGUUGCCUGGGAACCCUAGCAAUGCUACACACCUCAUCCCAAACAUGCAGUAAGAUUAUUGAAUGGUACUUGCAGUCCCAGUUGUUUUGCAGUUUAGGAAUAGUCUAGUUAGAAAGACAUAGAUCAGUGUUCACCUUGAUUGGUGGAGAGACAAUAUGAGCAAUCAAGAAGUGGCCAUUCUGAAUGUGGGAGGCUCAAAAUUUACAACAUGGGUUUCCACCCUGCGGAGGUUCCCAGAGUCCAGAUUAGCACGGAUGUUGAAUGGCAAUGACCAUGAAUUCAGGCUGGUGAAUGGACAAUUCUUUGUGGACAGAGAUGGAACUUUGUUUAAUUACAUCCUGGAUUUUUUGAGGACACUCCAGCUUUCUCUGCCCACUGACUUUUCAGACUAUCAGAGGCUGCAAAGAGAAGCAGACUUCUAUGAGCUCCGCUCCCUGGCUGAUCUCCUUAGCCAGGAAAACUUGCUGAAGCCGAGACCAGAGAUCUUGGAAGUGCGCUUCUUGCUCCAGGAAACUCAGGCCUUUUUCCGAGUCUUUGGCUCUUGCAGCAACACUAUUGAGGUACUGGCUGGACGGGUCACUAUGUUUACAGAGCAGUCCUUGAGACAGAACUGGAAUAAUAAUCCUUUUCCUUCUCAGAAGCUCCUCACCCCACUUCCUUUGGAGAGACCAUCUCAUCAUGAUCUGGUUUUUCAAUGUGGCACUGACUACUCUGCUGGUGACCAGUUGGUGACAAGGUAUGUCUCUAUAAAACCUGAUGAUAGAAAGCUGAUUAAUGGAACUAACGUACUAGGCCUACUAGUUGACACUUUACUUAAAGAAGGAUUUCACCUUGUAAGCACCAGAACAGUCUCCACUGAAGAAAAAGUUGAUUGCUACAGUUUUGAAAGGAUGAAGAGGCCAGAAGCCCUUUUUCUCACUGCCAACCAAAGCCCAGAAAGCACUGGUGGAGCACAGAUGAAGUUAACUCCAAUGCACAAGCAGAAAUGAAACUGGUUUCAUUACUACCUGCCCUUUUGAAUCUGAGAAGAGACACAUGUAGACACGACUAACCCUACUAUUUCUUUUUUAUUUGAAAUUGCAACUAUUGAAGGUGGUAACAACUGUCAAAUUUUAUAUAUUUCUUCAAAAAUCAGUUUUUCCCUCCUUUUCCUGCAGUCAUUUCAUAGAGAAGCCAAAUUCUUGUUUUCCCUGUUAACCCUUUUUUGGGGCAUAGGAGAAUACUGAUGCAAUAUUGAAUAUGCAGUCCAGAAUCAAGCAGUUAGAAAUUGUCUUGCACGUGUUUAAAACGGAGAUGGGCAUAAUAGAAAAAAUGAACCAUACUGGGAAUAAAGGGAGCCCCUAAACAAAGGUUCUUGCGCUCAUUGCAGGAUACCACAAAGGCAGCUUGAAAUAUGACAACAGCAAGUGAAGUAGUAACAAACAGGGCCUACAGAGCCUCUCUUCUCCUUCCUUUAGAAGGUUUUAUAGAUGACUGGAGAAAUCUAAAUUUGAAUGAUUACAUACUAUUUCUGUGAGCAAAAACUACAGAGACCAUCUGAGACAAGGUGAAAGCAGCAUUGUGAAAAUACCACAGAUCAUGCCCCAUCCCACUCUUUAAACUAAUGGUGGUUUCAUAGAUAGUGUAUUAUCUCCUGUCGCAGGAUCCCCCAAGAAAAGAACCUAUUAAACUGUCCUUCAAUGCUCUGAACUUGAUAAAUGUAAUAUUAAAAAGGGUCUGCUGUGCAAUGCAUGGCAGGCUGUAAUGAAAGGUCAGUUAAUUAGAAAAGACAAUUGCUCUUCAGAAGAAACAAAUAGGCUGGAAUUCUUAACUAAAAUAGUUCAAAGAACUUUUCAGCACUUGCCAAAUGCAAAGAACAGCUUAGGGUGACGGGCUGGCAAAGGUGACUUUAAGACAUGGUCACACUGCACUGCUAGACUGGCCUGCAUCAGAAAUUAGUGUAGCCUCUCGACUGCUCUCAAAUUACUCUGGUUCAUAGUAGUUCUAGGAAUGUGGGAGUGUAGCAGAUUCUGGAUCCAUCCCUUCCUCCUUGAGGUGUGUGACUGUGCCAGGAAAGGGCGGUAUAGUGGUGGACUCUUUGCUAAUUAAGGAUUUCCCCUACUCUGGUUAGGUCUAUUAAUAGCAACUUUCGGAUGGUACAAAGGAGGUUGGGACAGGAUCUCUCCCAAUAGAUCACUACUAUUAAGGAGACAUUACUGAUGUGCCAAGAAAUCAAAGACCAUUUUGGAUGUUUGCAUCCGUGUGGCUUUCUAGUAUUGAAUUUUCAUAAAAGUUACCGUGAACAUCUCCAGUCAAGAGGACAAUCAAUGACGGUAAGAAAUGCAGAUGUACAUGACAACCCCUUCAAUGGGCAAAGAAAGAAAAUGGACUUAAGACUGUACCCAAGCUCUCUAACCAAAACAAUACCUGAUAAACAACAAUGAAGUGUAGACUAAGACUAACUUUUAAUAACCUUUUAUAAUGGAAAAUAUUGUGCUGAUUCACAUACUGCAGAAAUCCUGA